ACAAGAGAAUCUAGUAAAUUACAAACAAAAAUAAUUCAAACACAAGAAUUAUUAAAUAAUGAAUUAGAUAAUUCUAGUGAUAAUGAAAGUAUUAUAUCUGAAUUUUCUGAAAUAUUUAAUAUUUCAACUAUAUCAAAUAAACAAGAUUAUGGCUUUUUUGAUUCUUUAAAAAAUAUUACACCAGAACAAUCAACUAAAUGGGAAUCAUAUUUUCCAAAUGAAAUAUAUGCGGAUUUUAUGAAACUUAUCAUUGAUAAUAAUUUUUCAAAUACUGUUGGUGAUGCUAUAAUUAAAUUUUUUAAUAAUCAUGCAAAUAGAAUAGAUGAACCACUUCUAUCAUCAAUACAACAAGGUAAAAGUUAUAUUGAUAAUAUAGAACAAACUGCUAAUGAUUUUCCAAAUGAAAUUAUAUUUGAAUUUGAAGAAAAAAAAUAUAUAAUGAAUUACAAAAACAUAUUUGAUGGUGUUAAGGAGCUUCUUUCUAAAGAGAAUAUUGCCAAUUCAUGUAUUUUUAAUUAUAAACCACGAUAUAUAAAUUAUGAAGGAACUUUAUAA